AUGGAUGCAGUCCCCGGCCAGCCCUCCCUGUCAGUCAGUCAAGGGAUGGGGAAUAUGGCGGUGGUGCGAUGGCAGCCACCAAAAGUGGGCACCCUCGGCUCAGAGGUGCAGGGCUACCGGCUGCAGUUUGGACGCAAGGAUGUGAGCCCUCUGGCUACACUGGAGUUCACGUCUCAGGAGCAGGAGUACAUUAUGGAUAACGUGCACCGGGGUGCCAGCUACGUCUUCCGGCUGUCCGCUAAGGGUCGCUCCGGCUUUGGUGAGGAGGCCCUGAGGGAACUGACCAUCCCGGAGGAGGUCCCCAAAGGCUACCCCCAGAUCUCAGAGGGCUCCAACGUCACCUGCUGCUCGGUUCAGUUCUUCUGGCUUCCCCCAGUGCUGGCGGAGCGCAACGGCGUCAUCACCGAGUACACUGUGGCCUUCAAGGAGGCGGGCACCUCCAGUGUCCCCCGUGAACUGACUCUCCCAGCCAGCGAGUCUAGCUACACGCUCAGUGGCCUCCAGCCCAUCACAGCGUACGACGUGAAAAUCCGUGCGCACACCAGUGUAGGUCCAGGGCCCUACAGCCCCACGGUCCAGUAUCGUACGGUGGCCUUCGAGACAGGCGUCCCAAAAAAUUUCUCGGUGAAGAUGGCGACUAAGACAACGGUACUGCUGACCUGGGAAUUUCCGGAGACACGCAGCGUGUACCGAUUCACGGUGGAAUACAAGAUGGACGCCGACGCCAAGACAAGGAAGCUGGAAGUGGACGCCCGGCUGAGGAAGGCGCAGAUCACCGGCCUGCGGCCCAACACUACCUACGACUUCAAGAUCACCAGCCCAGAGGGCAACAUGGGCGGCCUGCGGCACCGCAUCCAUGCCAAGACCGCCCCCUCCAUAUCGGUCCGCAAGCCGGAGCUCGACCACAACCGCGACACUGAUGCCAGUCUCACCAUUAUCUUUCCCCCACUCGAGAUACGUGACUCGAUCAGGUACAUCUACGUGGUGGUGGUGCCUCUGAAGAAGUUUAGGGGGUUUCCUCCACACUUGAAGAGCCCUGAAGAGAUGGACCUAGACGAGCUGUUCAGAGACGGUCAGAAACGCAGCACGCGGGUCACGCGGCAGCGCCGGCAUGCCGACCCCCACAAGCCAUACAUUGCUGCCUGCUUCAGGCCUGCCAGCCUGCCCUCCUUCUUCACCUUGGGUGACCAGAUGGAGUACAGCGGCUAUGAGAACCGGCUCCUGGAGCCCGGGCAGGAGUACGUCUUCUUCCUGCUCGCGGAGCUAAACACGACGUCCGGGAAGAUGUUCGUGGCCAGCCCCUUCACGGAGUCGGCAGUCGCACCGGACAUAGACCCACAGCCCAUCGAGGGCGGAGACGGCCUUAUUUGGGUGGUGGGGCCUGUGCUGGCCGUAGUCUUUAUCAUCUGCAUCGUCAUCGCCAUUCUGCUAUAUAAGAAAACUUGUGAUAAGAAUACGUCCAAGAAAACAAACUUGCAGAACACAGGAGACGGCCAGUCUAGGUCAGGCAUGAUGAGCCACCCCCCCAUCCCCAUCGCCGAGCUAGGGGAGCACACGGAGAUGCUAAAGGCCAAUGACAACCUGAAGCUGUCGCAGGAAUACGAGUCCAUCGAUCCCGGGCAGCAGUUCACCUGGGAGCACUCCAAUCUGGAGGUGAACAAGCCCAAGAACCGCUACGCCAACGUCAUCGCCUACGACCACUCCCGCGUCGUCCUUCUACCCAUCGAAGGCAUCAUGGGAAGCGACUACAUCAAUUCCAACUACAUCGACGGCUACCGCAAGCAGAAUGCCUACAUCGCCACGCAGGGCCCUCUGCCCGAGAGCUUCGGCGACUUCUGGAGGAUGGUGUGGGAACAGCGGGCGGCCACCGUAGUCAUGAUGACGCGGUUGGAGGAGAAGUCAAGGGUCAAGUGCGACCAAUACUGGCCCAGCCGUGGCACGGAGACCUACGGGAUGAUCCAGGUGACGCUGUUGGACACCAUUGAACUGGCCACUUUCUGCCUGCGCACCUUCUCUCUACACAAGAAUGGCUCGAGUGAGAAGCGGGAAGUGCGGCAGUUCCAGUUCACGGCGUGGCCUGACCACGGAGUGCCUGAGUACCCCACCCCAUUCCUGGCCUUCUUGCGGAGGGUGAAGACCUGCAACCCGCCAGACGCCGGACCCAUAAUCGCCCACUGCAGUGCCGGCGUGGGCCGCACGGGCUGCUUCAUCGUCAUCGACGCCAUGCUGGAGCGCAUCAAGCACGAGAAGACGGUGGACGUGUACGGACACGUGACGCUGAUGCGCUCGCAGCGUAACUACAUGGUGCAGACGGAGGAUCAGUACAGCUUCAUCCACGACGCGCUGCUGGAGGCGGUGGCCUGCGGCAACACCGAAGUCCCCGCCCGCAGCCUCUACUCCUACAUCCAGAAGCUGUCGCAGGUGGAGAUCGGAGAGCACGUCACCGGCAUGGAGCUGGAGUUCAAGCGCCUGGCCAACUCCAAAGCGCACACCUCCAGAUUCGUUAGUGCCAACCUCCCCUGCAACAAGUUCAAGAACCGGCUGGUGAACAUCAUGCCCUACGAGACGACGCGCGUCUGCCUGCAGCCCAUCCGCGGCCUGGAGGGGUCCGACUACAUCAACGGCAGCUUCAUCGACGGGUACAGGCAGCAGAAGGCCUACAUCGCCACACAGGGCCCCCUGGCAGAGACCACCGAAGACUUCUGGAGGAUGCUGUGGGAAAACAACUCCACCAUCGUGGUGAUGCUGACCAAGCUGCGAGAGAUGGGCCGCGAGAAGUGCCACCAGUACUGGCCCGCGGAGCGUUCUGCCCGGUACCAGUACUUCGUGGUGGAUCCCAUGGCCGAGUACAACAUGCCGCAGUACAUCCUGCGGGAGUUCAAGGUCACCGACGCCAGGGAUGGCCAGUCCAGGACGGUGCGGCAGUUCCAGUUCACGGAUUGGCCGGAGCAGGGCGUGCCCAAAUCCGGGGAGGGCUUCAUUGACUUCAUUGGCCAGGUGCACAAAACCAAGGAGCAGUUCGGGCAAGAUGGCCCCAUCAGCGUCCACUGCAGCGCGGGCGUUGGCCGGACCGGCGUCUUCAUCACGCUCAGCAUCGUGCUGGAGAGGAUGCGCUACGAAGGUGUGGUGGACAUCUUCCAGACGGUGAAGAUGCUGCGGACGCAGCGACCAGCUAUGGUCCAGACAGAGGAUGAAUACCAGUUUUGCUACCAGGCCGCUCUGGAGUACCUAGGAAGCUUUGAUCACUAUGCAACGUAAAAGAAGAAAAAAAAAAAACGAAAAAUGUCAUCACUAAUUCCACCGUCCCCCUCUACAGUCUUCUGAGCCAUAGAAACUUGCUUGAAAUUUUUGAUGACAACAGAAAACAAACCCAAACUUUAACUGUUCUAAUUAAAAACGAAACAACAAAAAAGCAGACAAGAACGUGUACUAUUUGGAGUUGACCGGGAGCAAUGGCAGGCAGGGAGGCAGGCUUUUUGAAAGGAAGUACAAACCUUUUCACCUUCUCAGGAACGUACCUGAAAGAAGAACCCGGCUGAGGCUCAAUGGGGGAGGGGGGAGCGAUUUAAGCGUCCGACUCCCAACUUUACCUCAAGUGAUCCCAUCUGAACCACUUGAAAUGUCUUGUGGACGCUGCAAAAUGAUUCAGUAUAAAAGCCGGCUACAAACCAACAGUAAAAAGAAAGACAUCAAUGCUUUCUUAAAAGGUGACUGAAAUCACUUGUAAUUCAUCCUAAAUCAGAGUCGAGAUUUGUAGAGGAACUAAAAUCUAUCGGGAUUUCAAUUAGUCAAUAUGAAGAAUUUUCAGAUUUUUAUACGUAUACAUUUAAGAUAAGGGAUUACAAGUUAUAAUCCACAUUUGCUCAAGAUUCUGGCCUCGAAGGUAACAGCUGUGUCCCAAAGGUCAUGGAGAAGGUGGAUCUAGUUGAGUAAGUUCCGGAGGAAGAUAUGAUUGUGGUCUAAAGUUCUGCCUAGCAAAUCUAAGACGCUCAUCAAGUAAUUACCAAGGACCUUCCGACUUCUGAAUCAGCGGGCCUAUCUUCAGCGGGCCUAUCUUCAGUGCCAAGAUCAGCGACUGUACCGUAGGUCAGGCUCGGCAGGGGAAAUUGUCUCCUGUCUGAGAGAAGGACUGAAGUAUGAAAUCCGAAUUAUUUUUAUUAGAUAUUCCAUGCCAAUCGAACCAGUUCGGUGUCCGUUUCAAGGGCACGGAUGGAGCUGAGACAUUUCGGGGCUGUCAACAAACUCAACUGAGCAGCCAGCACGUCUCAUUCCGAGAAGGUACGCCGUACAAGGUCUUUCCGAAAGGGCCGUGACAUCAUUCCAUGGUUGGAGGGAAAAAAGAGAAGGUCUGAGAAAUCACAAUCAUGUUUAUUGUUUUUUUUUUUGUUUUUUUUUUUUACGUUUCACGAUAUUAGUAUUUUUUACACGUCGUGCUGCUGGUGUGUUGUGCUGUGUGCAGUGGUGCAUAAGAGAGAACUGCUUGUCCCCUAACUGGACAAAAAGCGACAAAGAGAGAAGGACUUGGGACUUUUCCUCCCUCUGGACGGGCGACGGCAGGCCAUCUCGAGGAUGUCUGCACCCCCGGUGCCCCAUACUGUGUUACGGUGGCCAACAUUAUUUUGCAAAGAUGUCAUGGUGAUAUUAGUAGUGGUAGACCUGUAUUAUUUUGCUAGUUUCCGUCUCAACCAAACAUGCUGCUCAUAUUUUUCUUUAUACUGUAGUGGGGCAUAGCAUUAGCGCCAUGUGAAAUGUGAAGGCUGGUAUCCGGUGGUCCAUGCCCCCCCCCCCAAAAAAAAAGUCCUGGGAACCUCCUCUCAUACCUUCCAUAUGAACUGGGAGAUCUUCACACCAGGCCUGUGUCAAACUGGGCCACUGCAGUAUGAAACCUCGGGGGGCAGGGAGGUAUUAGCCAGAAGACCGGCUUUUAGGGUGCUAUGGAAGAGGACUUCCUCAUGGGGGCGCUGUUGGCCUGCGUCCUCACUGUCCCCGUGGCUGGAAAGUAAAUUGCAACCGUCCUCAGAUCCUCAGACACUUCUGUCCCAGCAGUGGGACGUUCAUGAGAUGAUGGGGAGAGUAGUGGAGCAGCAGGAGCGAGGAGCGCGCCCCCACCCCGGUCACACAGCCUGUAUUCGCUUUCUUCUUUGUUUCUGUGUUUCCAGCUUCGGGCCAGACUGGUCUCUGUGGAGUUCAGGUCUUCUGGGAGACAAUGGCGUUUGUGGUCUCGCCAAGACCGCUAAUUUAUGCACCCCAGAAAAAGACGAGAAAAUUGACAAAGAAAAAAAAAAAACCGCUUCUUUACCUGGUGUCAGAAAAGUUACUAUCCACUCUGUGAUGUAUACCAGUAUGAUAACGUGAACCCCACAGCACCCCCACUGCAUACCCACAGACCCCUGACCUCUGACCUUUACCCCCUGACCUUCCCCCCCUCCCCUAUUGAUAGGUGUACUCAGUAGCAGUCGCGGGGGGAGCCAACAGGAGUCAAUUUCUUAUUUCCAAAAAAAAAAAAAAAAAGCCUUAUUGUUAACAUUAUGAAUCGUUGAUUAUGUAUUAUUUUUAUUAUUGUCGUUUUACCUUGCAAACUUUUAUUUUACUUUUUUUCUUAACAGGAAUGUUGCAUUUUUUUACGUUAGUGGGAAAAAUAAAUAAAUGCUUAUUUGA